CGAGACGUAUUUCCUUGCGAGACACGGUCUUUCAAGAGAUGGAUGUUCAUGGAUUGAUUUCUAUACCUUCAAGUUUACUGCUUAUCAUAGUUCUUAUAUUGUCUUUGUAUAUCUACUUGACAUGGACCAACAGUACAAGGUCAUUGCACAAUGCAUUCGGCUUUCUAAGAAAGCGAACUAUGAUGGAAACAGAAUUGGUACAAUCUGACACACGAUUAACUGAUGUUCAUAGAAAAACGAUACAAAAAUGUCGAGUGCCAUUGGUUGACGAUUUGAUAAUGAGCGGCAUCAUUGAUGCCAUAUAUUCCAAAGGAGUUAUCACAAAUCAAAUGCAAGAAGAAAUAAUGUCAAAGCCAACAAACAGAGAACAAUCGAGAGAUUUUUUGGACAAGCUCCUUACUCGAGAUGUUGCUGCGUUUGAUGACUUUAUUGAUAUACUUAAAAGAGACAAUAUUCACCUUGCUAAUAUAGUUAGAGAUCAAUUUGAAGCUUUAGCAUUCAGUGAAGCUACUCAACAUUUAGCACUUGCUAAUAAGAUUGAUCCCAAAGGUCUUCAUGAAGACAACUUUGCUUUUGCGAAGAAAUCAGUAAGUGAGAUAGUGCCUAUGGUACAAGAGCUCAAAAAUAAGUAUGAGAUCAAUGGUUCGGACAGUAUUGCUAUGUUAACUGAUCAUAAUACAGAUAUAGAUAAAAGUGUAAGUAAUCUUAAAGAUAAAGGAUUGCCCCAAUUACCCAAAGUGGCUGAAGGCAACUCAGAAAACAAGUUACCUUCUAUACCAGGGGUUGUAGCACAGCCAGAAAGCACACAUUUAGGAUGGUCAGAAAGCCAGCCAUCAGAUUUCCAAUUAUCCCAAGUAGCGAAAGAUAACUCAGAAUAUGCAAAACCCUCUAUACCAGGAGUUGUAGCACAGCCAGAAAGCACAGAUUUAGGAUGGUCAGAGAGCCAGCCAUCAGAUUUCCAAUUAUCCCAAGUAGCUAAAGAUAACUCAGAAUAUGAAAGACCCUCUAUACCAGGAGUUCUAGCACAGCCAGAAAGCACA